UAUACAUAGCUGCUUUUGCUCAAAGGACUAGGCUACAGCUUGUGGGCUGCUUUUCCUUUCCAAAAAUGUCUACGAGUUUAAUUAAACUUCUGGAAUAAACCAGUUGGCAGGAGACACCACUUUAUCGGCGGGCUGACUGCUUGCUUUCCAAGUGAAGAUGGGCAUUUGGGCUAUUCUUUUCCUUCCACUGCUUGUGGUUGGAAUUAGUGGAAUCAUAUUCAUUUAUCGGAAAGUUACUCAGCUGAUGACAAAGUCUGCUGUGCGAAGCAAAGUUGUAGUAAUCACUGAUGCUCUGUCUGGUGUGGGCAAGGAAUGUGCACAAGUAUUUCAUGCAGGAGGAGCAAGAUUGAUUUUGUGUGGGAAACACCUGGAUAAAUUAGAAGCUCUCUGUGAUGCUUUAAAUAGUGCCGCUGAUCCUACUGCAACAUUUACACCGAAGCUUAUCCUUUUAGAUCUUUCUGAUGUAAGAUGUAUCCAAGAUGUAGCCAAAGAAAUCCUGGAUUGUUAUGGAUGUGUGGAUAUUCUCAUUAAUAACGCUAGCAUAAAAGCCAAGGGGACAGUUCAAAACGUCUCACUGGAACUCGACAAAAAGAUCAUGGAUGCCAACUACUUUGGACCUAUAACCCUCACCAAAGCUUUUCUUCCCAACAUGAUCUCCAGGAGAACUGGUCAAAUUGUGCUAGUCAACAAUAUCCAGGGGAAAUUGGGUGUUCCCUUUCGUACAGCCUAUUCUGCUUCGAAGCAUGCUGCUGUAGGAUUCUUUGAUUGCCUGAGAGCAGAACUGCAGGAAUUGGGUGUUUGUGUCAGUACGGUGUCUCCAAGUUUUAUAUGUUCUGAUCAUAAUCAGCUGAAGCCUAAGAACUGGGAAGGUACCUCAUGGAAAAACUUCUUCAGAAAGUUGGCUCAUGGUGUCCACCCAGCAGAGGUAGCAGAAGAAAUUCUACGGACAGUGAACAGGAAGAAGCAGGAAGUGUUCAUGGCAAACCCCAUUGCAAAGGCAGCUGUUUAUAUUCGCACUUUCCUCCCAGAGAUAUUUUUUGCUGUGGUUGCUGCUGGAGUGAAAGAAAAACAGAAAAUUGAAGUUGAAAACUGAUUGCAUCAAGUUCAUCUCCCUUGGUAGAAGGGCUAUGCUAAUUCUCUCUGGCAAAGGCUAGAGAUAGGCAUCUUGGAAGAAUGUUGUAUAAAUCCAAAUGAAACCAAAAACCAAAAACCAAAGUUGCAUUUAAGGGUAUGGAGGCAGUGGAAUAGGAUAUGGCCUUUUCAUCUAUCAUUAAAGGUGCACUGAUGGGCUACGAAAGAGAGCAAAGGAAAUUUUUUUCAGGGUGCCAAGUGAGUUAUUUGAAGUGAGGCCACUAGUUUCCUGGACAAUUUGCUAUUUCAAGAGAGUUAAUAGAAAGCAUGAACUGUCUGUGUGUUGGGUGACAUGUUCAGAGUAGGUGUGAAGGUCAAGAGAAUUGUAAACUAAUAUUUGAAAAAUGAGGAAUUUCAGGAAUCGGGGAGAAUAUGAGUGAUGGAUGUGUGGAAAAGAAAUAAGAGAAUGUAAGAAGAGUCUGAGGUUCUGGUUUCACACCAGGUUGCAUGGAUCUUAGAAAGCUGGUUUGAUAUUUAGGAAAUUCUCACAGGAGAUCAGAAAAAGGUCUCAUAGCCUUUUGCCUUUUUGUGUGAUUAAUUGAACCUUUCAAAUCUGCAGUAAUACUUGGUUUUUAUAGCUUUUAGUUCUAAAAAAAUUAAGCAAAUGCCUGGAGUGGGGAUGAAACAUUCCACGUUUCAAAAUGUUGCAUUGCUUUCAUUCCACAUGGGUAAAGAUGUCCAGUUUGGGGCAACUGCAUAACUUUUUCAAAAUAAAAAUAAAAAUACAUGUCUUCAAGAUAGUAGUGGGGAGUAUAUGAUAAAAUACGUAUCAUGAUGUUACACAUCAUCAUGGUUUACCUGCUGGUGUCAGGUAAGACACCGGAACACAAAUGUAUAAGAACAGAUGAUGCAUCCUAAGGUCAGCACGAGUGUAUUGCAGCAGUGGGAUUCUACCUGCUCCACUACUGGUUCAAUGAUCAUGCGUGCGCACGUGCACCUAGCAUGCGCUCAGCUUUCCCCAUACCAGCUGAGGCCUGCAGGGCCAAUCAGCCGAGAGGAUAAAGAAGAGAAAAAUGCAGGGGCAGGUGGGAAGGCCAAUCCUGUGCUUUUGUUUUUCUCUUCGUUCUCCUCUCAGCUGAUCGUGGGAGGCUUUUUUUUUUUUUUUUAAGUACCGGUCCAAACCGGUAGCAUACCACCACUGGUGUGUUGUCAUUUUUACACAACCCUAACUUGUUGCGGACAAAGCAACAAACCACCACUGGUAGGUUCAUGUCUUGGAUGA